AUGUCAAGCAAUGCAUUAACUCUCUUUUUCUUGCUUCUUAAAAUCUCCUUGUUUCCAGCCCUUUGUGCUCUGAACCAGGAAGGUCUCUCUCUACUUUCAUGGCUCUCAACUUUCAAUUCCUCUGAUUCUGCCGCUGGUUUUUCUUCAUGGGAUCCAACCCACCGAAAUCCAUGCAGAUGGGACUACAUAAAAUGUUCCAACGAAGGGUCUGUUUCAGAGAUCAUAAUAACAUCCAUUGAUCUUCAUACCACCUUCCCUACACAGCUCCUUUCUUUUGGCAACCUUUCCUCUCUAGUCAUCUCAAAUGCAAAUCUCACUGGUGAGAUUCCCAGUUCAUUGGGAAACUUGUCAUCACUCGUUACUUUGGACCUCAGCUUCAAUGCUUUAUCAGGAAGCAUUCCAUCUGAAAUAGGAAAUUUAUACAAGCUGCAGUGGCUAUACUUGAAUUCAAAUUCCUUGCAAGGUGGAAUUCCAUACCAAAUUGGAAACUGUUCAAAGAUGAGGCAGCUGGAACUUUUUGAUAACCAGCUCUCUGGUUUGAUUCCAGGAGAAAUAGGCCAGCUGACUGAUCUUGAAACGCUUCGGGCCGGUGGAAACCCAGGUAUCCAUGGUGAAAUUCCAAUGCAGAUAUCAAACUGCAAGGCUCUAGUUUAUCUAGGCCUUGCUGACACUGGCAUAUCAGGGGAGAUUCCACCAACUAUAGGAGAAUUAACGAGUCUCAAGACACUUCAAAUCUACACUGCACACCUCACAGGUUACAUCCCACCAGAGAUUCAAAACUGCUCAGCCUUGGAAGAGUUGUUUCUCUAUGAAAAUCAACUUUCUGGAAAUAUUCCUUCUGAACUGGGUUCCAUGAAGAACCUCAGGAAAGUACUUCUGUGGCAGAAUAAUUUUACUGGGACAAUUCCAGAAAGUCUGGGGAACUGUACAAGCCUGAGAGUUAUAGAUUUUUCUAUGAACUCUUUGGUUGGUGAACUUCCUGUGAGUCUCAGUAGUCUAAUCUUAUUGGAAGAGCUUCUUCUGUCUAAUAAUAACAUUUCUGGAACGAUACCUUCCUAUAUUGGGAACUUCUCCAGUCUGAAGCAACUGGAAUUGGAUAAUAAUAGAUUCUCUGGGGAGAUUCCACAUGUCUUGGGGCAGCUGAAGGAACUCACCUUGUUCUAUGCCUGGCAGAAUCAGCUCCACGGAAGCAUACCAACAGAACUCUCCAACUGUGAGAAACUCCAAGCACUUGAUCUUUCACAUAAUUUUCUCAGUGGGUCCAUUCCAAGUUCACUAUUUCAUCUAGAGAAUUUAACUCAGUUGUUGUUGUUAUCAAAUAGACUUUCGGGUCAAAUUCCUCCAGAUAUUGGCAGUUGCACCAGCUUGAUCAGGCUAAGGCUGGGAUCAAACAACUUCACAGGUCAAAUUCCACCAGAAAUUGGAUUUUUAAGAAGUUUGAGCUUUCUUGAAUUAUCGGAUAAUUUAUUCAGUGGAGAUAUACCCUUUGAGAUAGGUCAUUGUGCUAAGCUAGAGAUGCUUGACUUUCACAGCAAUGAGUUGCAAGGAGCAAUUCCUUCCUCAUUGGAAUUAUUAGUUGGUGUUAAUGUCUUAGAUUUUUCUGGAAACAGAAUAACUGGCACCAUCCCUGAAAAUUUAGGCAAGCUAGAAUCUCUAAAUAAGUUGAUACUCACCGGAAACCAAAUCACUGGUUUGAUCCCUCAGUCACUGGGCUUUUGUAAGGAUUUACAGUUGCUUGACAUAAGCAACAAUAGGAUCAGUGGUUCCAUUCCUGAUGAGAUUGGUCACUUGCAAGAAUUAGAUAUCCUCUUGAACUUGAGUUGGAAUUCUUUAACAGGCCCUAUCCCAGAGACCUUCUCAAAUCUCUCCAGACUUUCCAACUUGGACCUCUCUCACAACAAGCUCAGAGGUAGUCUUAGGGUACUGGGAACUCUUGACAAUCUAGUUUCUCUUAAUGUCUCCUACAACAGUUUUUCUGGUUCUCUUCCAGAUACAAAGUUCUUCAGGGAUCUCCCCCCUGCUGCAUUUGCUGGCAACCCUGACCUAUGUAUUACCAAGUGUCAAGAAAGUGGACAUCGCCAACGAAUCAAGUCAAUAAGAAACAUUAUCUUAUAUACCUUCCUUGGUGUUAUUUUCACUUCUGGGUUUGUUACUUUUGGAGUAAUCUUGGCUCUGAAAAUUCACGGGGGCACUACUUUUGACAGUGAAAUGCAAUGGGCUUUUACUCCAUUUCAAAAACUCAACUUUUCCAUCAAUGACAUCAUCCCAAAGUUAUCAGAUUCAAACAUUGUAGGUAAGGGCUGCUCAGGAGUUGUUUACCGGGUGGAGACUCCAAUGAACCAGGUUGUUGCAGUGAAGAAGCUGUGGCCACAAAAGAAUGAUGAGCCACCAGAGAGAGACCUUUUUGCUGCAGAAGUUCACACCCUUGGAUCAAUAAGGCACAAAAAUAUAGUGAGACUUUUAGGAUGCUACAACAAUGGAAGAACAAGAUUGCUCUUAUUUGAUUACAUAUGCAAUGGGAGUUUGUCUGGAUUGCUCCAUGAAAAUAGUUUGUUCUUGGACUGGGAUGCAAGAUAUAAGAUCAUUCUAGGAGCAGCUCAUGGAUUAGAAUAUCUUCAUCAUGAUUGUAUCCCUCCAAUCAUUCAUAGAGACAUCAAGGCUAACAACAUCUUGAUAGGUCCACAAUAUGAAGCUUUUCUUGCAGAUUUUGGCCUUGCAAAACUUGUUGGUUCCUCUGAUUAUUCCGGAGCUUCUGCUAUAGUCGCAGGUUCUUACGGAUACAUAGCUCCUGAAUAUGGAUACAGUUUAAGGAUCACAGAGAUGAGUGAUGUGUACAGCUUUGGCGUAGUGCUAAUUGAGGUCUUAACAGGAAUGGAGCCAAUAGACACAAGGAUUCCAGAAGGUUCCCACAUUGUCCCAUGGGUUAUCAGAGAAAUCCGAGAGAAGAAAAGAGAAUUCGCAUCAUUUCUGGACCAGAAACUAGCAGUGCAGUGUGGAACACAAAUCCCUGAGAUGCUUCAAGUGCUAGGGGUGGCUCUCCUCUGUGUGAAUCCAUCCCCAGAUGAAAGACCUACAAUGAAAGAUGUAACAGCAAUGCUGAAGGAGAUCAGACACGAAAAUGUGGAUUUUGAUUUUGAGAAGACAAAGCUUCUACAUAAAGGAGUUGUCAACAAUCCAAAAGGUGCAAUUCAGUGUCCAAGCUUCUCUAGAUCUUGUAGACCUCUGACUGAAUCACCAUCUUCUUCAGUGUCACCAAAUUAA